GCAACGUCACAUUUGAGCUCCACAAUGGCUGAGGAUACAGUGUUGGAUAUGGGGUCAUCGUUUAUGGAUCCAUUUAAAGGGCUUUUGUUGACAUAUUUUAUGCCAGAAUCAUGCUAUGAUGAAUUCUUUCUCAGUUUCAACUUUUUAGACGUACCAUGUCUGAAGAUUGUGCUGAGCAAAGGCCUGGGGAUUGGCAUCAUUCUGGGAUCAGCACUGGUGAAGCUGCCUCAGAUCUUAAAGGUGGUGGGAGCAAAGAGCGCUGAGGGGCUGAGCUUCCAGACUGUGAUACUAGAGCUGCUGGCCAUCACGGGAACAAUGGCCUACAGUAUUGCCAACAAGUUCCCCUUCAGUUCCUGGGGCGAGGCUCUGUUCCUCAUGCUGCAAACUGUCACCAUCGGCCUCCUCAUUCAGCACUAUCAAGGGAAGACCAGCAGAGGUGUCCUGUUUGUGGUUGUGUUCUUUGGCCUACUGGUUCUUCUACUGUCUCCAGUCACUCCCAUGUCAGUGGUUACCACAAUGCAGGCCUCUAACAUGCCAGCCAUCAUCAUUGCCAGGUUAAUCCAGGCAGGCACAAACUUCCGUAACGGACACACUGGUCAGCUGUCUGCGGUCUCUGUCUUCCUGCUGUUUGCUGGAUCUCUUGCUCGCAUUUUCACCACACUACAGGAAACUGGAGACACACUGAUGGCCCUCACCUAUGUCAUAUCUUCAGUCUGCAAUGGCAUCAUCGCUCUGCAGGUCCUUUACUACUGGAACAGCUCCUCAGAACGCAAGAAGAAGAAGAAAAAGAAGAAGGAGUAGGCAAAAGGACAUUCGUUAAAUCUCAGUCAUAAACCAACAUUGUUCUUUCCGUAUUAAACUUUAUACACAUAAGAGGUGUCUUCAAAUCUUCAAAGAACACAUUGACACAUGAAAUCCAUGUACAGAGGUGUGGGACAUUGAAUCUGCUGGACAAACACUUUGAAAUGUGGAAGUGAGUGUAAUAUGCCAAACAGAUGUUUAAUGUUUUUCUAACUGUCCUGUGUAGGCCCUCUGGCUUUAUGAUUGACAAUUAGCUGGUUCCUUUGUUGCUGUAUAACUCUGAGCAGGGCUGCUGGGUCCAGAUUGCUGCCAAACUAGAUACUGUAUUUGGGUCAAUGACGUAUCAGGAUUUUCAACACGUCAAUUUAAAAAGAACUAAAAUGAGAAUAUCUAUUGCAGUAGUUCAAACAUUAAGAAUGUAAAGUACACAUAAAUUCAUAUUAAAAUAGUAAAUUAAG